GAUGGAAUGAGUUUAUGUUAAUGAACUACCGUACCUUUAACUUUAAUUAGUUCAAGAAUGUGUCCGACUAAGGAGAAGAAUUCUGACCACGUAAAAAUAGCAACUUCAAAUUAUUACUUUAUCUCAUAGCCCCUAAUGAAAUAUGCCUAUUCACUUGUUACAUUACUUCCAACCACUUUAGUGUAGACGCUCAUCCUCUUUAGUACCGAAGGUUUUAUGAUUUGUGAAAAGUUCAAAUGCAUAAAUUGCCGCCAAGAUAUUGAUUGAAAGCAUUUAAGAGGUAGGCCUAUGGUCACCGCAAUUUUAAUUUCCAAGCUUGAGAGUGCUAAAAGCCAACGAUUUUGUUGCAAUUGAGAAUGCCAACAUGAAGUGCGGUGUGACAAAGAACAGGUCGUUUUCCUCUUUACUCUUUAGAUGUGUUCGCCGUAUCGGCUCAGUCACUAUUGCCUGUGAUUUUCAGUAAGCCUUAGCCACCAAACAUUUUCUAUAUAAAAAAGAAGAAUGUUUUCAACUACUUUUGCUUGUCUUUUAGUUGCUACGGUCUGUCGCUCUUAUGAAAUUGAAACUGUUAACUGUUACGAGUGUGACUCAGCCGAUAAUAUUGAGUGUACAAUCGAUUCCCCAUUUCUACACAAGAUGAAAACAAUUGAGUGUAAAGGUCUUUGUUUUAAUUCCACGGUGACAGCUCCUAAUAUGGUUGUUGAAGCAAGAGGCUGCAUUUCAAAUUCGACCGAUUGUACUCCAUAUAAUGGAUGUACCACUCAUAAUACGUACAAGUACUGUUUUAACUGCUGUACAACCAACUUUUGCAACACAGCUCACACGAUUUCACCAAUGGAAUUGAUAGGAAUGCUGCUAACGAUUUCCAUGCAUUUCAUCAAUUGGCCAUAUUAAAAAUUUAUCUCCAGCUAAUACUUUAUAAAACUCUUUCAAUUGACUUUUUCGCUAAGCCCCGUCCCUUGUAUAGGCCUACUGUCACUAUAAGGUCUGGUACGAAACAAUACGGAGCUUUCGAUUUGUGCGACGGCGCGACGUUAGAACGGGAUCACUCAUACGCGACCGUCCUACGUUCUCUCUAUACGUACAUUUGGCCAAAUUGCGUUCCAGAAUCUACUCGACAAGGUGACCUUAACGUUCUCGCAUGCACAGAUGACUUUUAGUGACGUCAUUACGUUCUACGUCUAACCGUCGUCGUGCAACCAGGGUGGGGGCAGUGUCCCAACAGGAAGGACGAUUUUCCAUCAUACAAAUCAGAGGGAUACAGAAACUCCAAUUUAGGAAUUUUAAAGUAGUCGAUUUUAGUCUCACAUUUUGUAAAAAUUACAUAGAAUUGUUUUUCCAGCUCUCCCCGAUGAGGGUGGACAGCCACCCCAUGUACUAUCAGUUUAAAACACCAGUUGUCAAGUCUUCAGUUUUCCAAAAAAUUGGGUUAUACAUUAUCAUAAACGAAUUACAGCAGUAGACUAGUUUCUUAUGUGAUUUAACUGCAUAUAAACAAAUCACUAAAAUUUGAGUUUUGAUUACAAAGUGUAUAUUUAACUUGUAGUUGGCUAUCCAUUAUCACAAAAAUGCUAUGUAUACACUCUAUAUUAUGCAAACAUCAACAUUUAGGUUUUUGUUAUACUGUAGUUAAGUAUUUGUAUUUAAUGUAAAUUAGUUAUCUCUACAGUAAUCAUUUAAGUAUACUAUUACAUUAAGGUUGGUUACAUAAAUUGUCUUUGAAGUAUUGUAUAGUAAUUGUUAUUUAGAUUAAAACUACUACACACGCUUACCUCUCCCUCCUCCAUUUCUUUCAUAUAAUAAAACAAACCAGGGAAUUAACUGUUCCCUCAACAAACAUAAGUGAAACAAAAACCACUUAAUUUCUGUAUUUUUUAUUUAAAAACAUGUAAUGAAAAAAUGUAAAUAUCGCUUCCUAAAAUGUAGUAGUAUCUGUUCUUAGUGUUACUGACCACAGUGCAAUGGCAGUACUGUACCAGUAAUAUCUGAGGUUAUCUACCAUUGUGCAAUGUUAAUAAUACAUAAGUAUAUUAAACAAAUAGCUUCUAAUUAAAACAUAAUUAAUUAAAUGUUUUUUACACCUUUGACAAAUUCACAAUGUCAAUGAAUAGAGUGCUUUUUGACCAUGUGAACAAUAUAUACAUAAAAGAAUAGAGGGGAACAUACAUUUUACACAGAUACAUCUUCACCAAAGAUAAAUAAAUUGUUCAUUUCUUUCAAAAAAUU